ACAUUAUUCGUAAUCCACAUAAAGUAAAUGUAAAAUUGAACUGAUUUUCACUUUAUAAGAAAAUCAUACACCUUCUCCAAAGAAAUCUUCUGCAUUACUAUUUAACUAUUACUCUUCCUUGUGGAGCCUGUCAGACAGGGAUCAGGACUUCUGUAGUAUGGCUGGAAUCACACUGAGCGGGUUGCUAGACAAAAGAGGAGGUCAAGACGCUUCAAAGGGAUGGAAGAAGAGAUGGUGCAUACUCAGUGACAACGUGAUCAGAUACUACAAAUCCGAAACCGACAGCACUCCGGCUGGUACGAUAUUCUGUGAGGAUGUUGAGGAUUGUGUGGAGGACCACGCUGAGUCAAGGAAGGAUUCCAAGUAUGGGUUUGUGUUCAAGAUGAUCACUCGAGGGAGGGACUAUAUCUUCAACGCCUCCUCUGGGGACAUCCGAUAUGAGUGGGUGAGAACGGUGAAGAAACUGUUGGACUCUCACCGAUCAGAAAAUCCACAGAUUCCUGACGUUCGCUAUGCCACUGUGGAUGUGUUUGUGAACCGUGGUAUACGAGUGAACGGAGAGAUAGGGACGGUGCUCCAGUCUCAACUGACCACACCCACUAGCAAGGCCAUUACUGAUGACAGAGGAUGGUUUUGUGACCAAGUGCCUUCUCACACUGUCAUCCUGAACCUGUUCACUCAGCACGGCUGGAGCCUGGCCACUGCCUUCCAGUGCAACACUGUACCCACUGGAGGGAACGCUAUAACUGCAUCAGAUACUCUCAUAUUCACUCAUCCUAACUCAUGAGUAGCGAUAGCUAGCAUGGAUAUUAAUUUAUAGUGUGACAAAAGAAUAGCUAUUAUAUGCAUCUAGUAUGUUUUUAUCAGUCGUUUUAAUUCCUA